AGUGGAAUACCAUUUUCUCCAUUUUUUGCAUUCUUCCAUAAUCUUCUCUAUAAUUACUUUUCUUUCUCUCUCUCCCCAUCUCUUCAUAAUCAUUUCUACAAAUAAACCUUCGUUUUUUCUACCAAUCUUCUUUCUCUUUUCCUUUCAUUUCCCCCCCUCGAUCUCUGGCCCUCCCCCGCCCCAUGCCGGAGAUCGAACCAUCUUCCCCCGACAGCAAUGCCCUCUUCGGCAAAUACGAGCUUGGCAAGCUCCUCGGCUGCGGCGCCUUUGCCAAGGUCUACCAUGCUCGCGACCUCCGCUCCGGCCAAAGCGUCGCCGUUAAGGUUAUCAACAAGAAGAAGAUCUACGGCACAACCUUGAUGUUCAACAUUAAGCGAGAGAUCGCCAUUAUGCGCCGUCUCCGUCAUCCUAACAUCGUUAAACUCCAUGAGGUUCUCGCUACCAAAUCUAAGAUCUACUUCGUUAUGGAGUUCGUCAAAGGCGGCGAGCUUUUCGCUAAGAUCGCCAAGGGCAGAUUCAGUGAAGAUCUCAGCCGGAGAUUCUUCCACCAGCUGAUCUCCGCCGUUGGAUUCUGUCAUACGCGUGGGAUUUACCACCGCGAUCUGAAGCCGGAGAAUCUUCUCGUCGAUGAGAACGGGAAUCUUAAGGUCUCUGACUUUGGUCUCAGUGCGGUUACGGAACAGAUCCGUGCCGAUGGCCUUUUGCACACUCUUUGUGGAACUCCGGCCUAUGUCGCGCCGGAGAUUUUGUCCAAAAAGGGAUACGACGGUGCGAAGGUUGAUGUGUGGUCAUGUGGUGUGAUUCUUUUCGUGUUGAGCGCCGGUUACCUUCCCUUCAACGAUCCGAAUCUCAUGGCCAUGUAUAAGAAGAUUUACAAGGGGGAAUAUCGGUGCCCUAAAUGGAUGUCGUCGGAUCUCAAGAGGUUUCUGUCGCGACUUCUAGAUACGAAUCCUGAUUCGAGGAUAACCAUCGAAGAAAUUCUUAAUGAUCCAUGGUUCAGAAAAGGAGGAAAUACAGAGAUCAACUUCUACGAUAAUUACGAGAUGAAAUCAGAAGAGAAAGACGAAUCUCCAUCGACGGAUUUGAAUGCAUUCGACAUUAUAUCUUUCUCAUCUGGAUUGAAUCUGUCUGGUUUGUUCGAUAAUUCACAAAACGUUAUGGAUGACAGUGAUCGAUUCAUAUCGGCAGAGUCACCGGAGAAGAUCGUGGAAAAAAUUGAGAAAUUCGGCAAGGCUGAGGAUUUAAAGGUGAAGAAACAGAAAGAGUUUGGAUUUGAAUUGGAUGCAAAGAAUCGUGUUUUGGUAAUCGGAAUAGAACUUUUCCGGUUAACAGACGAAUUGGUGGUGGUGGAGAUGAGAAGAAGAUGCGGAGAUUCAGAAUCGUAUAAGAAAAUGUUGAAGAAGAAGCUGAAAAUCCAUCUAACCGGCGAUGACGCGUCGACGUCGACUUCCCAAUAGGAUUCCGGCGACCGGAACCGGUGAGAGAUUGUGGAUUUCUUCAAAAUUAAACAAGAAAAUUAGGGCAUCUACCCAUUUCAAUGUCCAAUUGAAUUAAGAAAAACAGUAAUUCUAAUAAAAUCGAAAAUUUCAAAAAAAAAAAAAAAGAAAAAAAAAAGGAAGAAGGAAUUAAGAAGGUUAAUGAAUGAAGUGUAGUUAAGAAGUAUAAUACAUUUUGUUAAUGUUUGUAAUUUUUCAUUUGCCUUUUUAAUUUCCUAUUUUUAAGAAACCAAUAAACGCAUUUGCUAAUGGAAUUUCAAAAUUCCAAUGUAAUGUUAAGAAAUAGGUUUUUACUUUAGCCUUUUUUUUUUUUUUUUAUAAUGUAUUUUAUGCUAUUGUAUAUAGGCCUUUUUUGGGUGUAUGUAUAUAAAAUACCCACCAAGUGUUAAUAACAUAUUAAUCAAAGUUGAAUAUAUUUCCAUUUUUGUUUUCU